AUGGGAAGUGUUAGCUUUGGAGUAAUUCUUGCUAUUCUGGCUUCACUCAUUAUGCUCAUCAAUUGUGCUGUGGUUAUUGCACUGGUGCGGCUGAUCUGGAAGGACCGUUGCCGUGGUCUGUGCUUUGUUUUAAACCUCGCUAUCUCUGACUCCUUGGUGGGCUUUACCAUCACAGGUCUGGUUACGGAAGAGCUGUCUGGUCCUGAGCACCAGACUCCCCAGCAGUACUGUGUCUUGCGAAUGGCUUGCAUCACCUGUCCCUCAGCCGCCUCCAUCUUCACCGUGAUUCUGGUCACCUUUGACCGAUACUUGGCUAUUAAGCAUCCUUUCCGUUACUUCAAAAUCAUGGGCGGCCCAGUUGUUGGGAUUUGCAUUGGAGGGCCCUGGGUGCUGGCCUGCUUGAUUGGUUUCCUCCCUAUGAUGGUUCAUGGCUUCCAGCAGAAGAGCUACCAAGGUCAGUGCACCUUCUUUGGAGUGUUUCAGCCCACGUACACGCUCAUGGUCUUCUGCGUCAGCUUCUUCCCGGCUUUCUUUAUCUUCCUCUACUUCCAUUGCUACUUGCUCAAGAUUGCUUCUUUGCACAUCCAGCACAUCCGAGAACUGGAACCCGUUGGCCUGCCAGCGACCUGCCCAGCCUCUCACCCUUCCAACGAUACCAAGGCCCUGCGUACGGUGGGCAUCCUAGUUGGUUGCUUUGCCCUCCUCUGGUCCCCCUUCUUUGUUGUGAGCAUUGUCCAGGUUGCCUGCCAGCGCUGUUACCUGCAUCGCCUCCUUGAACACUAUCUCUGGGUGCUGGGUGUGUGCAACUCUCUAGCAAAUCCCCUCAUCUAUGGAUAUUGGCAGAAGGAGGUUCGCCUGGAGAUCUAUCAGAUGUGUUUGUGCCUGAAGAGAAAAAUCUUUCCUCUUGUCCACUUCGACAGCCACCCUGGUACUGGUCCCACCCAGUCUGGGGGACCACUAUAUUUCAUCUCAGUAGCCCAGCUGAAGGAGUGA